UACUCUUACUGUGCUCUACUUUCGUUUUCAUUACGGAACCAGGUACAGGUUGAAGCCAAACCAAUUGUAAAAGUAUUUAUAGAGCAACCAGGUCUUUUAGUGACAAUAAAAUGGCAGAGAAGCAAGGUGGCAGUACUAAAAAGGGUAUAGAUCAGAUAACGUACCCAAGUUGGGGUGGAUCAGGUGGAGUUAGUGCAAAACCAGAUGCCCACGAAAACUCUAUGCACAUGGGAUCAGACGAGGACAGAGAAAUAUUCUGCGAUCCCUGCGAGAUAGACGAACAGAAACAUCUGGCAGAAAGAUAUUGCAAAAACUGUGCAGAAUUUCUUUGCAUCAAUUGUUAUAAUAACCAUAGAAAAUACAGACCAACACGACAUCAUAUUCUGCUUGAUAAACAUGAAAUGCCGACAAUAAAAAACGUACAUAUACAAAAGGAUGUAUGUACAGACCACUGCACAUACCAUGAGGAUAAGGUUAUUGAAUACUACUGUAGUUCCUGUGAUCAGUUUGGAUGUUCACAUUGUUUCAUUCUCGGUCACCGAAACUGUAGUGUUGCCCCUAUUCAAGAUAUAGUCGCUGGACUUGAAAAAUCAAAUGAAUUCAAACUGUUUAAAGAUCGUCUAGCAAAACUUAAGGGUCAGCUGAGAGUAAAUGGCACUACACACCACAGUAAUAGAUCUGCUGUUGAUGUAUUAAAGGGUAGAGCAAAAAAAGAAAUUUGUAAACAAAGAAAUGCCAUCAGUGCCUUUUUCGAUAAAUUGGAAAAACAAGUAGAUAGUGAAAUUGAUAGGAUAAGAAAUGAAGAUACUGAACUAAUGGAAGAUGUUGCCAAAAAAUACAAACUGUUUGCAUCUGAAAUUCAGACCAAGUUGUCUGACUUUGAAAGAAAGGAAGAAUUGGGGCAGAGAUGUCAGUUGUUUGUUGACAUGAAAACAUCCGGAGAGUAUCUUCAAGAAAUGGAAGACAAAAUAAGUCGUAUCAGUGAGGAAAAUAAAAUCCACAGAUACGAGCUUCUUAUGUCUGAGGAAAUCCUCAGUAUAAUGGAAAAUCUGAAGCAAAUCUCAGUAUUGUUUAAGAAGUAUGCUGUGUGGAGAAGGAAACCCAUAUUUGGCGGCAAAAUAAAUAUGCAGGCGGCGGGUGAUAGAAAUAAGUGCAACAUUACAGGGAUGUGUCUGUUGAAUAGAAACCACUUGUUUGCUGCAGAUUCGAAUAAUCUGUGUGUAAAACUUGUGGAUUUGGAACAAUUUCGCACCAGUAAAAUUGUAUGCAUUGUACCAAUGCCUUCAUGGCCAUGGGAUAUUUCCACAGUAUCAGACGAACAAAUUGCUGUUACGCUACCGAUCGUAGGGCAAGUGUGUUUCUUAACACAAAAAGGCAGUCAGGCCAGCCGAAAGUUUACCAGCAGGACCAUCGAUGUUGGGCGCGAGUGUAGAGGCAUUGAAUACAGUAAAGGAAAUCUGAUCGUGAGCUUCGCUACUGAUCCUGGAAUCGUGAAAAUACUGACAGUUAAUGGCAAUGUUUUACAUGUCUUCAGUACAGGGCAAGAUGGUCAACAGUUGUUUGGUCGGCCUUACUACCUGGCACUUGGAUUGGAUCACAAUGUGAUAUAUGUUUCCGACAAUGAAAAACACACGGUUACCAGUCUGGACAGAUAUGGAAAAACUGUCAAGGACGUUUGUAAAAUUGAGGAUGUUCGUUGCCCAGAUGGAAUGGCUGUGGACAGGACUGACUCAUUGUUUGUGUGUGGGAGUGGUAACUACAAUGUUAAUCAGCUGUACUCGGAUUUAAGCCAGGUUCAAAUCCUGCUUGACCACAGCAAUGCAGAAGAAGCACCACAGUGUAUCACUUAUUGUGGUGCCACAAACAUGAUAUUCAUUGGAAUGCAAUAUAAAAGCUUUGUGAACAUGUUCAAACUUAUGUAAAGUUGAUCUAGUGACUACGGAAAUAAGUCAUUGCCUCUUUAAAAAAAACUUUUCCAUGUCUCCAUGGUAAGACCAACUAAUUGGAGAGAGUUUUUAUAAUUUCUGCAUGUGUUUGCCCCUCCCCUCCCCACCUCAGCUCUCAUAGUUAGAGGUCUUCAACCCCAUUCCUAUACCUGUAAUCAGAUGUUUGGUAAAAAAACCAUUCACAUCAAAUCUACAGGAUUUGGCACUGGUGGAAGAAAAAUUGCUGGUUUUUUUUAAAUUAAGGGUAAUAAGUUUGGUGUAGGUGUGUAGAGUGUGGUCUAGGAGUCUGUCUGUCUGCAGCCAUAUCUUUUUAAUGGCUCUCAAGCAGAUGUUAUCCAAGUUAUUGCCUCUGGUUUGGUUAAAACUUUUAGCUUAAAAUGCUUUUUUUGACAUGUUUCUAGUAGUGUACUAACUUUAGUGGAUAUUACUUCUUAACGUUUGUAUUAACUAGUGGAUACUUUUCAGCAAAUCAAGUUAAUUUCACAUUUACAUAGAGUUAUGUCCCUUGAACUAAUUAGAAACUACUAUUUCUGUCUGAAUGGUUUUAUAUUCAAGCAAAUAAAUUUUAGCAGAUGCUUUCUCACUUGCUGUAUUAAUAUGACAGUUUUUGCCUGAAAUAGUAAUAAAAGGGAAAAAAAGACAGCCUUCACCUAGAUGUCUGUAUAUUACAAAUAUCUUUAUUUCCAUGACCAGUUCACUACUAACUUUACUUUUUACUAACUGGAAGGGACAAUGCAUACAUUUCAUGGGGGAUAUUAAUUCACUGAAGUAUCCAAGGGAGGCUACUGUAUUAAUUGCAAUGAUAUAGGGAGGCUACUCUAUAAAUUGCUAUGAUAUCCAACUCUUUUCGUAUAGCUUAGAUAUUGAUAAUUAUGUAUAUGUAUUGGAAAUUAGUUUAAAAAAACAGUACAAAAGAAGUAUGACAGUCAAAUAUUCUUGAUUAAAUUUA